AUGACAAGUUCAUUCCUACAGAUAAGUAAAGCUAUAUCAAGAUGGAAAUACCGAAAAGAGUGUUAUGAUCAAUUUUAUAAUUUUACUCAAUGUAGAGGGAGAAUGAAGAAAAAGGGUAUUUCUUUACAUGUAAAGGGUAGCAUAUGGAAUAGGAACAUAAGAAAAGAUAUAAAGUUUGGGAAAACGGAUAAAGAGGAAAAAAAGGAAGUAAUUAAUUUAAACUUGGACAGAAAAGGUAUCACAAGUAGUAAGGACCUAUUAAAAUAUAUAGGGAAAAAUAAAAAAUUGCUAUUGUAUAUAUUAUGUAAAAUUGAUGAGAAAAAAAAUAAAUACAGAGGACAGCAGGAUGUACUAAACGACCUGGAGCACAAUAUAAAUGAAAAAAUAGUUGAAGAGGAAUUGUCAUUACGUAAUAGCGAAAAAAUGAUUUUCCUAAGUUGUGCAAGUAGUAAAUAUUACGCAGAGAAAAUACACUUGAUAAGAAAUGAUAACAAUGGUAUAUAUAUAGAUGAAAAGAACUUAUUCAAUUAUUACUGUACUGUUUUAAAAUACAGAAAAAACAAUUCUUUAAAUGAUAAAGAAAUAGAUGAUGAUAUAUUGACAUUUUUUAAAAGCAGAAUGAAUAUAAGGAAGAUAAAUAGCAUUUCUUUAUACCUUUUAAACUUGUCUUAUUUAAAUAGUAAAACUACCAUAAAGACAAAUGUUUUAUACAAUUUUGUUUUAUAUAUGUUAAAAUAUAUAAAGAAUAAAAUUACCAAUCGGACGGGUAUAAUUCUUCUUACACACUACGUGGAUUUACUAACAUCUAUAAUGCAUGUGUCGAAGCUGAAAAUUGAAACUAGCUCUGCAGAAGUUGGAGAAGAAAACACAGAUAGUAUAAACAAAAUCAGGAUGGUUAAUAAGAAUGAAUACCCUUUUGACUGUCAUUCGUUUUCCAACUUAUGCAAGAACAGCCAAGUUAUGAUACACGCAGGGCACAAUGAUGCAAAAAAAUCAGGGGAAAUUAUUUCCUAUGAUGCAACCAAGUUCUAUCACUACUUUAACAUAUACGAUUUUGUUUGCAACAGGGAAGGAUAUACAUCCGGGGAUUCAGCAGCAGUCGUAACGACCAGAGCAAAGGACGGAAUAGCAGUCGGUGGAGUACAGCAGACUAUCGAUGCUUUAAGCAUGAACAAAACGAGCGGUAGCACUUGGGCAAAAAUAUACGAUAUACGGAGCGAAAUCAUUUAUAUGAUUUAUUAUUUGAAUGCCGCAUUAGUCUGUUUACUUAAAAAGUGUGUUAGGAAUUGUAAAAAGGAUGUUCACAGUAAACGUUUUGAUGAACCAUUAGAAAAGAGACUAUACGUCAUCAUUAAUUAUAUGUUUAACUGUUUACAAUAUAACGUUUUUUGCAAAACAUUAUUUUUAUUAUUACAACAAGUGCUCAUUAUUUACAUGAGUAAUAAUAUGAGGAAGUAUCAUUUUCGUUAUUUAUCAACUUCAAGUAUAGCUCAUUUAGUUCAUUUAUUGUCUAUACAAUACAGCUCUGUUAAAAUAGACGACGAUAAUGAAAAAUUAAUUAUGUUAAAAAAUUGUUUAAACAAAUUAUUCACAAAUGACUGUAAAGAUUUAGGGAAGAAGGACAAACUUCUAACCUAUAUUAGUGUUUCUAAAAUUCUCUUUUUUUCAAAAAAGGUGUACAUUGAAAAAAUGCAUAAUAUAUUAAGUAGUGAACUUAUAAAUUUUACUUACAGAGAUCUGUAUAGUGUUGUAUACUCCCUAAACUGUUCAAAAUUCUAUGACUUACCUUUCUUUGAAUCCGUGUUAAGGAAUAUUUAUAAAUUAAAACACAAAUAUGAACAAAGUAGAGUCUUAACUAUUAUAACCGUGUUUUGCUCCUUUAACGUUAACUUGGCCAUAUUCAAUUUCCUCAUGGCUUAUGCGAACAAGAAUGACAUGCAACCUAUUAGUAGGGAGGGAAAAAACGAAAUUCCAGAAUUCAACAGAAACCAAGCGAAAAAAUUGGAAGAAGAUUUGGAAAACAAGGAAAGAAUCUUAAAGGAGCUAUCGUCUCAUAUAAAGGAAAAUCAUAACGCCGAUAACAUCACCUUUGAGGAGUUGGACACGCUCGAGCUCAAUUCGGGAGAUUCUGUGCUAAAAUGUGAUGACUCUGAAGAAAGGUCUCUAAUGAACGAUGAAGAAAUUAAAAGAUACUUAAAGAAAAGGAAAAAAAAAAGAAAAAAGUAA